AACCUGCACAAUAUCACCAUGUCUCUUGACAUGCCGGUUUGACAGUCAACCUCGCAAUCCGCAUCAGAAACGGCUGAAAAGAAGUUUUGUCCGCAACAUGGCCACCGCCACUGCAGUCGGCCUGCACAGCUUCCAAGCCAAGACGAUCGUCUUCAUUGCCCUCCUGAUCUUCCGAAUCAUCAACUCGCAACUGGUCCAGACUUUCUUCCAGCCUGAUGAAUACUUCCAAGCUCUCGAACCAGCAUGGCAAAUAGCCUUCGGACCUGACAGCGGUGCAUGGAUAACAUGGGAAUGGCGAGAAGGCCUUCGCACCUCGGUGCACCCCUAUCUAUUCGCAGCCGCAUACAAAGCCGUCGCCCAGAUCUGCGAACUGGUCCAAGCAAAUGAGCAAUUCCGCGCCGCCGCUCUCCUUGCAGCACCAAGACUGCUGCAAGCUUUCUGGGCAGCGGGAAUGGAUUUAUCGACCUGGCGCAUGGCUUGUAAACUUUAUGGCUCUGGGCAUGCGGCUUCUUUCGCGGCGCUGGCGCUAACGGUACUGAGUCCGUGGCAGUGGUUUUGCUCGGUUCGGACGUUCUCGAAUUCUAUUGAGACGACGCUUACGAUCUUUUCGUUGACUUACUUUCCAUGGGGACGGUUUUUGCAGCCGUCGAAUGACCGACAGGCAGGCCAGCAGAGGCUCGCUCAAGAUGGUGCAAGCUCUUCCGCCAGUCUGUAUACGGCACUUGCGGCUGCGGCGGCUGCGUUCUACCUGCGGCCCACCAACAUUAUCAUCUGGCUGAGCAUCAGUGCGGGCCUGGUUUGGUACAGUCGCAGCAUCGCGAAAGCUGCUGUAUUGAUUCAAGCAGCUGUCAUAUGUGGCAGCGCGGUCAUCGUUGCGUUCGCUGGGGCGGAUCGCACAUACUACGAGACUUGGACCUUUCCGCCGUUGCGAUUCUUGCAAUUCAACGUCGUGCAGUCGUUGGCUGUCUUCUAUGGAAAGAACAGACCUGACUACUAUUUUACAGAAGGACUGCCUUUGUUGUUGACGACCGCAUUGCCCUUUGCAGCAACUGGACUGUACUACAGCUUGCGGGGUGCAAAGAUCUCACGUACGUCGCAGAACAUCGCUCGGAAGCGCACGGCAUCGAUACUGGCAGUGACAGUCAUUGCAACUGUUGCGGCACUGUCCGUCAUCUCGCACAAGGAAAUGCGCUUCAUCUAUCCGCUACUACCGAUUCUGCACGUCUUGGCUGCUCGCCCUCUGGCCUCAAUCUUCGCUACCAGGUCCACAGCCCGUCUCUCACUCUUGGUCAUUGGCGUCGGCAUGAAUGCUUUCAUCGCCUUCUACGUCAGCUUCGUGCACCAGCGAGGUGUUGUCGAUGUGAUGCAUUAUCUCCGUCACCGGCAGGAAGCGUGGAACGAGUCUUCGGGUGCUGGUGCUGCGAAUGUCUCGGUCGGGUUCUUAAUGCCAUGUCACAGCACCCCGUGGAGAAGCCACUUGGUGUAUCCUGGUAUUCAGGCGUGGGCUCUCACUUGUGAGCCUCCUAUUCACGUGCCUCUUGAUGCAAGAGAAAGCUACUUGGAUGAAGCGGAUGUCUUCUACGCAAACCCUGCGAAAUGGCUCGACGAGAACAUGCAAGACCGCAGCAGUAUAUCUGUCACAACUGAGUUGGAUAUGGCAACUCCCGACGUUCUCAACAAUGCUAAAAGACCGUGGCCCCAUUAUCUUGUGGCGUUCGAGCAGCUCCAGCCAACGAUGCUGCAAGUGCUCGAGGGCAGCCGAUACAGAGAGUGCAAGAGAUUCUUCAACACACACUGGCUUGACGACGGGAGACGAAGAGGCGAUGUGAUCGUUUGGUGCAUGCGCCGGUGAUUCAGGACAAGCUGAAUGAACGAAACAUACUGACCAGCUCUGCAUGAUGAGCGCCGGCUCAUACUUGGUGGCUUGUGGAGGACCUCCGGUACCCCGCACUUUCGCGUUCGUACUUGAGUUUGCGAUCCCCCGCGCCCUCCGAACACCUUCCCAACAACGACUUCGACUCCAACAACUUCCUCUUUGAGGUCAAACCGCGGCGUGAGCGCUGGCGGUGCAGCAAAUGGAAGUGCGGCACGCCGAGCCAGCCUCUGACGAGGCCGCGGAGGGAGCGACACAGGACGCGAAGCUUAAAUGCACACAUCCAGGAUGCACGGAACAAUUCAAGAGACGAGAGCACCUCAUGCGCCACAUGCUGCGGCACUCGGGAGAGAAGCCAUUCAAAUGCCAACUAUGCUGGAAAGCCUUUCCUCGUCGCGACACCUUGCAACGGCACAUGUCGAUGCAUGGCAGACAAGGUGCAACUCU